AUGUUGAGUAUGAAUCGUAGAACAACCCGUUUACUAGCUCGUUCGGUGCACUCGAUCAUAAAGAACAGUCGGUUUUAUAGCGAGCUACCCAAAGCUUCACGAUCCAAGGUAAGUUGCAUGUUAUUCAUGAGAUUUUUCAAUUUUUAGGAGAACCUUCUCUCACCAUCUGAUGUUCUAUUUGUGCUGCGACAGAAUGGAGAUUUGGGUCAUCAAUUGAGGUACAUUCAGAACCGGCUUCAAGGCCAACGGUUUCGGUUUUUCAACAAAUCUGAAAAGGAUGCCAGCACUGGAGGUGACAAAGGUAAUUUUGAAAUUUUGUCUGGUUUAUGGUCAUAUGUUGUGGCCAAGUUUCGUAAUUAGUUAGACAGGAUGUUGAUCUUGUUUUAAAAAUAAUUUUAGAUGUAAUUUUACUAGGGAUCUUUGCUUUUGGGGCAUUUUAACAUGUGUUAGAUGUCUAUGAUAAAAUAAUGUAAAGUAGUGUAAAAAUUUAUGUUUUUGGAUUUUAAAUAGUUGUAAAACGCAAAAAUAAUAGGUUAAAAAGCUCUUGAAAAAAAUAUUUUAAAUUAAUUAUUCACUAAUGAUGUUGUUUUAGGCAAAGCAGCAGAUGGCAAAGAAGCCGGCGGUUUGAAUCUGUAAGUUAAUAUCUCAAAUUUCAAUUUCUGUAUUUAGACCUGGAAGCAAUUGGCAAAAGAUUGCGGUAGCAGCUGCGGUAAUCUUUUUUCUACACGUUUUAACCGAAUAUGCGUCUUACAAAGAGGUAUCAUGGAAGGAAUUCUUUUCUGACUUCUUGGAAGCUGGCAAAGUCGAGAGGUUGGAAGUGAUAAACAAAGCCUGGGUUCGAAUUGUCAGCAAUCAAAGCUCGGCUACGCCAUACGUUUACUACUUUAACAUUGGGUCGGUGGACAGCUUUGAACGAUCGUUGGCCGCUGCUCAGCACCAUCUUCAGAUCGAACCGGAGAGACAAGUGCCAGUUCUGUACAAGAAUGAGACUGAUAUGUAAGUUUUUUUUGUGUUUUUGGUAUUUAGACAACUUGUUAACCAAAAACAAACACAAAACCCUACCUUACAGUUAACAAGUGAUAUAUUUUAGCAAACGCGAGAUCCCCAACAUUAUAUCAACAGCUGUUCCAUUGUUCUUUGCUUACUACCUUUACCGUACCUUUAUGAAGAGUGGAGCCGGUGGUGCCAAAGGUGGUGGUGGACCAUUCGGAGCAGGUGGAUUGUUUGGAGUUGGUCAGAGUACGGCUCGCGUGAUAAACAAGGAGGAUAUUAAGGUGACGUUCAGAGAUGUGGCCGGUUGUGAAGAGGCCAAGAUUGAAAUCAUGGAGUUCGUCAACUUUUUGAAGAAUCCAGGACAAUACAAGGCUCUAGGGGCUAAGAUUCCGAAGGUAUGCGUUCAUAUUUCAUUGUAUUUUACUUUUAGGUCUAUUGUAGUUAUAUCUAAUUGAUAACAGUAGUCAAAAAUAAUGAAAAAGCUUAAAAACGACCAAAAACUUAUGUUAUCCAUGUCAUUUUAGGGCGCCCUUCUUACCGGCCCCCCAGGAACCGGUAAAACUCUGCUAGCCAAAGCAACGGCAGGCGAAGCCAAUGUGCCAUUCAUCACAGUAUCAGGUUCCGAAUUUUUGGAAAUGUUCGUGGGUGUAGGACCGGCCAGAGUACGUGAUAUGUUCGCUCAAGCCAGGAAGAGCUCACCGUGCAUAUUGUUCAUCGAUGAAAUCGACGCUGUCGGCCGAAAAAGAGGCGGCAGGGGUGGAAUGGGUGGACAUUCUGAACAGGAGAACACAUUGAAUCAACUGCUGGUGGAAAUGGACGGUAAGUGGGAUGGAGGGUGGAGUAAAAAGGUGUUUGGGGGGGGGGGUGGUUUUUUGAAAUUAAAAAAAUUUUUUUUUGAAAUUUUAAAAUUUUUUUUAAUUUUUGAUUUUUUAAUAAAACUUGAAAUUUUAAUCAUAACCUUUCCAGGAUUCACAACCGAUGACUCAUCUGUAGUAGUUAUGGCCGCCACGAACAGAGUCGACAUCUUGGACAAAGCCCUCCUCCGACCGGGCCGUUUCGAUCGUCAAAUCUACGUCCCAGUACCAGACAUCAAAGGCCGUGCCUCAAUCUUCCGAGUCCAUUUGGGACCGCUGAAGACCAGCCUCGACAAGACCGAACUCUCUCGCAAACUCUCAGCUCACACUCCAGGAUUUUCCGGCGCCGACAUUGCCAAUGUUUGUAAUGAAGCGGCCCUGAUCGCGGCUCGUGACGCCAACGACGAAAUCACGAUGAAAAACUUUGAAGCCGCGAUUGAAAGAGUCGUAGCGGGCAUGGAGAAGAAGAGUCAGGUGCUUCAGCCCGAGGAGAAACGCACCGUAGCAUUCCAUGAGGCUGGGCACGCGGUAGCCGGCUGGUUCUUGCAAUAUGCUGAUCCUUUGCUUAAGGUGGGUUGGGUUUUUCGUGGGUAAUAUUGGUUGUUGAGCAAGAUAUGUUGUUUAUGGUUAAUAAUAUUGUUUGCUGGACGAGAUAUGUUGUCUAUGGGUAAAUAUUGUCAUAGGCUCAUCAAAAUUGAUUUUAUCCAUUACACUCUUAUUAACUUUUAUAUUAUCCAGGACACUUUUACUAAAAUUUAUAAUAUUCAUGAUCUUUUUACUAAUCAAUCAUAUUAUCUAUAAGGCUUUUAAUCGUCCUUAAAUUAAUCAUUAAACUUUAAAUUUAGUUAUCUAUCAACCUAAUUUAAUCAAACUUUAGGUAUCCAUCAUCCCGCGAGGCAAAGGUCUCGGCUAUGCCCAAUACCUACCAAAAGAGCAGUACCUGUACUCGAGAGAACAGUUGUUCGACCGAAUGUGCAUGACCUUGGGUGGUCGAGUAUCAGAAGAGAUUUUCUUUGGCCGAAUCACCACCGGAGCUCAGGACGAUCUUCAGAAGGUCACUCAAAUGGCUUAUUCACAGGUAUGUCCUCUAAGGUUUUAGGUGGUAUUUUAUUCAAAAUUCGGAUUUUCAGCUUGAUAUUGAUGUUAUUUUAGGUAUAACGUUAAGAUGUGACUUCUUUUUUGAUAUUAUCAUAGGCACUCCUCUAACUUUCAACCCCUUUUUCAGAUUGUAAAGUACGGUAUGAGCGAGAAAGUGGGCCCCCUCUCCUUCGACACAGCCCAACCGGGCGAAAUGGCCACCGACAAGCCCUAUUCAGAAGCCACCGCCCAGCUCAUCGACCAAGAAGUCCGCGAACUCGUGAACAAGGCCCUGAACUGGACUCGCGAACUCUUGGUUUCGAAAAGAGAACAAAUCGAGAAGGUGGCUCAACGACUACUCGAAAAGGAAAUUCUGGCUAGAGACGACAUGAUCGAACUGCUAGGUAAACGGCCGUUUGUCGAAAAGCACACUUACGAAGAGUUCGUGGCUGGCACAGGCGGAAUGGACGAAGACACUAGCCUGCCGAAGGGCCUUGGUUCGUGGAAUGAAAGCAAAGAAGACCAGAAGAAGAAGAAGGAAUCGGAAAAGAGCUCGGAUUAG